AUGGCUCAUCUUCCUCCAUCCCCUGUAGAUCUCGUUGAUCAUCCACCAUCGGAAUCGCCGGAAUCAUCAUCUCCUCUAUCCCCUCUAGGUCUCGCCGAUCAUCCGCCUUCGGAAUUGUCGAAAUCAUCAUCUCCCACCAGAAUGGAGGAUGAUGGGCUUGAGGAGAAUGUCAAAGAAAGUGAGGAAUUGAUCAAAAAGUACCUUCCAUGUCUUAAGAUGGAGUUUGAAUCGGUGAAAGCGGCGUUUGAGUUUUACAAUGAAUAUGCAAGGAUUACCGGUUUCAGUGUUAAAAUAUGUUACAGUAAUUUAAGCAAGCGAGAUGGUGUUAUGAUUAGUCGAAAAUUUGCAUGUAAUAAGGAAGGACAAAAGGCAAAAGAUAAACGGAACUUAGUUGUAGAACGACCUCACAAAGACACCAGAACUAAUUGUCUUGCAUCCCUGUUUGUAUCAUUGGACCGAGGAACUUCGAAAUGGGUUGUGAAAAGUUUUGAAGAAAACCACAACCAUCUUUUACAUAUUCUCGAACAUUCCCAUUUGCUGAAAUCCCACAGAAUGGUAAGCGAGGCUCAGGCUAUAAAUAUUGAUAUAGCUGCUGAUAUUGGUUUAUCGCUUAAGGCAUCGCACGAUCUCUUAAGUGCCCAAGCAGGGGGGAAGGAAUGCUUAGGGUUCACGCGGGAGGACCAAAAAAAUUAUUUGCGUUCGAGAAGACAAAGGAGCUUAAAGUAUGGUGAAUCGGGGGCUUUGUUGGGAUAUUUUCGUAAUCAAUCUGCUCAAAAUCCAUAUUUCUACUAUGCGGUUCAAUUGGAUGUUGAUGAGAAGAUAACCAAUAUUUUUUGGGCUGACCAUGAGAUGAUUACAGAUUAUGGGCUUUUCGGAGAUGCUGUAUCCUUUGACACAACAUUUCGCACAAACAAAGAGUGCCGACCCUUUGCUCUUUUCACUGGCUUUAACCAUUUCAGAAUGACAACAAUUUUUGGUGCGGCACUAUUAUAUGAUGAAACGGCAGAUUCCUUUGAGUGGUUAUUUAAGACCUUUUUGCAUGCUAUGUCCGGAAAAAAGCCUACUACCAUUUUCACAGACCAAGAUGCCGCAAUGGCUAAGGCAAUUUCCAAUGUCAUGCCCGAUGUAAGUCAUGGAUUGUGUACGUUUCACCUUAAUCAAAAUGCUUUGAAGCAUUUGGGUUACUUGUUACAUGCUGAUUCAAACUUUGGUAAAGAGCUCAAUGCUUGCAUUUUUGGGUAUGAGGAGAUAAAUGAGUUAGAGAAAGCUUGGCAUACUUUGAUUAAGAAAUACAAUUUACAAGAUAAUUCUUGGAUGGCUAAAACUUGGGAAAUUAGAGAGAAAUGGGCGCAUGUAUACAUGAAAUGGUCAUACAUUGCGGGAAUGUGGAGCACCCAACUUAGUGAGAGCCUUAAUGCAAAACUAAAGAGGUGUUUAAAAUCGGAUCUCAACAUUGUUCAAUUCUUGACUCAAUUUGACAUAAUUGUUGUGGAGAAGAGGUAUGAGGAAUCUAAAGCCAUAUACAAUUCUAGAGAAAAGUUGCAGAGAUUGUUGCUGAAAAAAUCUCCUAUGUUAAUUCAAGUUGCACAAUUGUACUCCCCUCCUCUGUUUGACUUGUUCCAUGAUGAGCUUGACACCUCACUUCGUUGUAAGGUGAAGCAAUGUCAUGAGUUGGAAGGACAAUUUAGUUGUGUGAUUACCAUGCGUGGACAGAAUGUGGAGUAUGUGGUGAAGGGUAAUGUUGAAAUAGAUGAGACUGACGAAACUAUUUGUCGAGAUGUUUGUUGUACAUGUCGAAAAUUUGAAAGUUUCAGAAUUUUAUGUAGCCAUGCAAUUAAGGGGCUUGAUCGAAUGAGUGUUAUGGAAAUUCCUGAAAGGAUUAUUUGUCCAAAGAUGGUAAAGUUAGCUACUCAGUCAUGUGAACUUGAAGAAACAUAUGAAUUUGUGGAAGAGACGUUGGAAUACAUGUGUGCAAAAGUUGCCGAUACGCUUCUUGGAGCGGGAGAGGGAGCCCCCAUUGAAGUGGAGAAAGAAUUGGAGGUUGAUCCUCAAUUCGCACGAGUCAAAGGUUUGAAGAAGAAAAACGGCAUUCAAAUUAAGGGUACGAGAAGAUUGAAACCUUGGCAUGAGCUCAAGUCUAGAAAGAGGAAGAAAGUUGUUUCACACUCUACGACACAGCUUAGUGAGCAUGUUGAUCAUGUUGCCACUACUAAAAUUGUGCAUGGUUCGGUUUUGAAGCAACCAUCGGAUGUUGGAAUCCCAUAUGUUCCACAAAUGAUAAGUUAUGAAGAUAGUGGUCAAUCAAUUCCAUCAUCUUCACAAGCGUCAUGUAAUCCACAAACUUUGAAGGAGAUAGCCAUUUGA